AUGCUGGCCAGAAGUAGAGCCAUGACUACUGCCUUUUUCAUUCCCCAAUUGAACAACUAUGUUGUGCAGGAAACUGGAUCUAUUCGUCCUGGUGUUAUAGGCGGUUCCAAACCUCGAGUGGCCACUCCAGAGGUAGAAAGCAGAAUAGAACAAUAUAAACGAGAAAAUCCGUCCAUUUUUAGCUGGGAAAUUAGAGACCGGUUGGUGAAGGAAGAUAAGUCCAGUGACAACGAAGGAGGUUCAGACUGUGAAAGUGAACCAGGUAUUCCUCUAAAACGAAAACAACGCCGAUCUAGAACUACCUUCACCGCCCAUCAACUCGACGAGUUAGAAAAAGCUUUUGAAAGGACCCAGUACCCGGAUAUAUACACCAGAGAGGAACUUGCCCAAAGAACUAAACUUACUGAAGCCAGAAUACAGGUAUGGUUCAGUAACAGAAGAGCCCGACUCAGAAAACAACUGUCAUCUACAUCAUCGUCCUCGUAUGCACCUUUAGGUGUGGUAGGAGGACCAUAUAGUGCUCCCACUACUCCAUAUGCCUCGUCUUUGGGACAUGGUUUGGGUGAUAGUACUUUCCCAAGCUCAGGAACUACUGCUUCAGGUACUAGUCAAAUGACUGAGCUCUAUCCUAAUCAUACAGGACACUCGGCAUCCCCAAAUUUGCCGAUAGCAGACGUCAAAUGGGAGCAUUCAAUUCCCCACAACCCAUACACUCAUCCGAUCUACUCAUCAUCAAAUCUGAUGCCGAUAUCACAAGGGCUGACUCCUCCCAUUAGUCUAUCGUCUAAUGUACAACCAAGUACUUCUCCUAGUAUGGCUACUAACACUCUCCAAUCUUUGCCUCAACAGACUGAAAUGGGAGAUUACAAGGAUGGAAACGAUAAUACCAUUCAUCAUUCAACAAGCCCUUCUAUUGGACAAAGCUACAGCAAUAUGACUGCUGCAGCUACUGGAAUUGUUACGAUGUUAGGACCAACUAGUGCAAACAGCAACAGCAACGACGCCCCUUGCGCCGAAUCCACCUCGGACCACCACAUAUCUUCCCAAUGGCACAUGUCAUCUCCACACCAAAUACGAAAUUUGAGCCCGACGCUUCCCAACCAAUCAAUAUCGACCAGUUUGGGACAAUUAAGCCAGCCACUACCCCAAGGCCUAGGUAGUUUUAGUCAGAGCACCAUGCAACACGGUAUUCACAGUUAUCACCACCAUCAGACUCCAAAAACCUUCGGCCACCAGCCGUUUUAUGGGUGGUAUUAGAGAAAAGUGAACAAGAGUGUAUUCAGUAUUAAAAACUUUCAUUUGUAUAUAUGUUUUGAGUUAAAAAAUUUGAACUUAUAAAUUUUUGUAUAUUUACAAAGUCAAGCGAUUUUUUGUUUUUUUUUUGCAUUAUUGGCUGUAGAUUAAACAAAAACGAUAGG